AUGAUCUAUCUAAACGUUCAAAAUAUAUGUAUUUAUACUAAUUUUGUUAAUUUGAUUAAAUCCUACAUCAAACCAAUUAAGUUCAAUAAUUGGAUAACUGUUAUAUCUAGGUUUCUUGGUACUUCAGCUAUAAAAAUCAUAAGUAAUAGAAUAAGUUGUAAUAAUAAAACCACCGAAAAAGUUUCUAAAAAUACUUAUAAUUAUAUUGAAUUUACUUAAGAUUAAUAUAUAACCAAUAAAAUCAUUGAUGUUUUCUUAUGA